AUGACACCGAAACAAAUUAGUACACAUUCAGGUUCCUUCCAUGCUGAUGAGUCUCUCGCUGUUUACAUGUUAAGGUUAUUGCCAGAAUAUAAAGAUGCUAAAUUAGUUAGGUCUCGUAACCCAGAGGAUUGGGAACAGAGUGACAUUGUAGUGGAUGUUUCUGCUAAGUAUGAUGGUAUCAAAUAUUUUGACCAUCAUCAACGAGAAUUUAUGGAAACUUUUUCCGAUGACUAUAAUAUUAAAUUGUCAUCCGCUGGCUUGAUUUAUAAACAUUUUGGCAAACGUAUUAUAAAAUCUAUUAUAUCCAAAGGUAAUGAUACUAAUGAUGAGAUUUCUGGGGAUGUUAUUAAUGAAGAAGAUUUAGAGGUUAUAUAUCAAAAAGUCUAUAAACAGUUUAUUGAAUCACUUGAUGCGAAUGACAAUGGUAUAAAUAAAUAUGAUCUACAAGAAGGUGAGACAGUUAAAUUUAAUGAUAAUGCAAUUACUAUCCCAGGAAUCAUUUCUACCAUGAAUCCAUUAUGGAAUUCAACUGAUACAAGUCCAUCUGCAUUUGAUCAAGCAUUUGAAAAGGCUAGUAAAUUUAUUGGUGAAAUUUUUGUUAAUUUAGUGAAUAAUUACUUUAAUUCAUGGUUGCCAGCCAAGAAUAUUGUAGUUGAAGCAAUUAAAAAAAGAAUGGAAGUCGACCCAAGUGGUAAAAUUAUUGUGUUAUCUCAAUUCUGUCCAUGGAAAGAACAUUUAUAUAAUGUGGAAUCAGAUGAAGAUAUUGAGAACACAAUAGAAUUCGUCAUAUUUAUUGAUUCUAGCGGAUCAUGGAGAGUCUCUACAGUACCUGUCACUUCAACAUCAUUCAAAUUUAGAAAAGGGCUACCAGAAGAAUUGAGGGGCUUGAGGGAUGAGGAAUUAAGUGAAAAGAGUGGUGUUCCUGAUUGUAUUUUCAUUCAUGCUGCAGGAUUCAUCGGUGGUGCUAAGAGCAAAGAAUCCGCAUUGAAAUUAGCUAAGAUGUCUUUAUGA